GCACUGUCCUCGCAAUCCAGCUUUGUUUGUUCAAGAGCUAUCUUUAAAUCUUCCGAUAAAAUUUAACAUAUAAAUAGGAGAGUAGCAUCGUUGUGGCCUCCAGUAGACUAGUAAGAUGUGUAAGUUGAUCAUUCUCGCUUUUGUCGUGUGCACAGCUGGGAUUGCUAACGCUGAACCGGUUCCCAACUGGGGGAUUUCGCUUUCGGUUCCAAACUCAGCCAUCAUCCUAACCGGAUCCAACUACAUAGCUAGCGGUGUAACUCUAAUAAAUAAUGCACUUGGUACUUUGAGUAGCUCGUCUUCGAAUGAAAAUGUAACCAUAGCUGCCAACACCCUGAUCAACAUGGUGAAAACACUUGGGACUUUGAAUAAUGCUAUCAGGACUAGUAUAAUUGCUGCCAACACGAACACUCAGUCCGUCGGUGCGACAUUUGGUGCAAUUAAUGCUUCCGUGACGGGAUUGUCAACAUACCUGGAAAGUACAGCGAUGGAAGUGGUUACUAAUCUAACAACGUAUCUUGGUGGUUCCAAUGUUGCUAGUGUCAAUUCGACAUUGGUUGCUAUGAACACCGCUGUAAUUGCGCUAACAGCAUCACUUGCUGCAAUGGAAACGGCCAUAAACACCACGGUUUCGACGGCUGGUGGAAGUGCUUUGACUGCCAAAAUGGUUUUAAAUGGAAUUCCGACUUCUUUGGCUACAGCGGUCAACAAUAAUUUAAAUCUGCUUAAGAACAGCCUUUCCGAUAUGGCGACUCCGAUCAAAGCCAUUGCCAGUGGAAUCACUGCUUCUACUGCUUUCUAUCAAACGGCAGUCACUACAAACCAGACUGUCGCUACUACAAUAACCACUUCUGGAUCAACCAUUAAAACUCUAAUGUCAUCUUUGAAAUUAUCAGUUACCAACUAUGCAAAUGCGGCCGCGCAAACUAUGAAGACUGAUUGGACUUCGGUUACUACAAAACUUGCAGUGUUUUCGACAAACAGUACAUUGAAGGCGUACCUCACUAAUUAUACCACGUUUGUGACAAAAACAUCAAAAGAUUACUUCACGACAUUUGUGGGUACUGCCACCAACACAACCAACGGUGUUGUUACUAAUCUGACAGAAAUGAUUAUCGCUGAUAUAAAUGAAUAUUAUACUAACGUUACAGCGAUAGCAAUAUCGGAGCUUGGCCAAUUGAUACCCAAGAUAGCCGCGGGAUCGACUGUUUGCAACACAAACGCCAGUACAAAUUACCUUUCAUUAUUUACGAGCAUCGCAACAGCACCCAGUACGUGUAUAACGACGGCUACAACGAUGCUCAACUUAGCUAUCGCGCAAUUCAACAACGCUCUGCAAGUCCCUGUUACUCUCAACAAUUUCUACACUACCGCAAUAGCAUCCUGUUCAAAAUAUACAACUUUUGCAAAUGACAACAUCGCCUUCAGUGAAGCAUUGGCUUGUUUAAUGAGUACAUCGAUUGGACAAACCCAACUGCCAACUAUUUUAACCAAGGGAGUAACCGACGCGUUGAGUUAUUUAGUGGCUCUAGCUGAUUCCACAUCUUUGAUUGAAGGCACCAUUGCGAAUUGUUACGGCUUCCAAACGGCCCAGCUAUCAGCCGGAUUUACGGCGUUAGGAACGGCGAUUGCAGCUUGUUAACUAUUGGCAUGAUUUUAAAGCCUGUUUCGAUACCAUCAGAUAUGUCACAGAAGAUGCGAAAUAAAUGAGUAAGAAGGAAA